CAUUCCGCAAGCCGCCAACCUUACGUCUACGGGCAUCGUUGCUGACGGCGAGGGCCAGCGGCCAGUCAUCUUGACAAUGGGCUGGUUUCCGAACGACUGCCGGUUGUCUUGUCAUCUCGCUCUGCCGAUGAGUGGUCGUUGCCAGAGGCUGCAGCCGGAAAAGGCAGCAGGGCAGGAGGCGCAUCUGAGACACUGUCAUCCCGAACCAGCGAUGGCGGCCACACUGGUGAUGCCAAAGUGACGGCCCGCGCCCCUUUGCCAGCUUCCGCAUCGAGGACUGCCCUGGUGAGCUCCAAACCCGUUGCCUCUGCUCGCUGCCCCAAGCAAUACCUAUUAUACCAUCCAACGGCACGUCUUCCACCUCAACCUCCCUGACGGGUGCAGUCACUGCCGUCUUUGGCACAUGUGCUUCAUUGGCGGCCGUCUCUCUGACCUGGGUUGUCCCCCUCCUUCUCCUCCUCCUCCUCCUUCUCGUCAUCCUUCUCCUCCGCCUCAGCCUCUUGCUCCGCCGUCUCCUUGCUCCGAAGCACCGUUGAAGAAUCAGCUUGACCCCUGUGGCUGUCGACUUGACGCCGCUCUUCCGGCUUUCCUCUUAUCAGAGACUGCGAGCAGGCCCCUCGCCUUCGUCAGCUUCGCCAGUCAGCCGACUUUGCGUCCUGGGCAAGGCAAGGCCAAUCCUUGUCCCUGCUUGUCACCAGCUCCUGUCACCCUUCUCCAGUCUCCCGGGGCUCCCUCCUGCCUGCCCCAGCUCGCAAGUGGAGGCCCUGCAGCCAGCCCUGUCCCGCAUCUGCCCACGCCCGGCUGAGCGACUCAGACGAGCCAGACACCACUUAUAUUAUUGGCUUGUUAUAUCCUCUUGGCUGCCAUUGCCUCCCGUCUUGUUUCUUCUCCUCGUCCUUGU